CUGCCCUGCCAUCCACCCUCUCGUCCCGGACUUGUUCCAGGAAUUAGGGCUGGGGACCAGGAGGACUCAGCCCCCAACUUCUGUCCCCGCUACAGGCUGACGGACGGCACUGUCCCUGUCCCCCUGGGCAGACAGCUGCCUCUCAGAGGAGCGGGGUACCCCUGUCAGGCCCCCUCAGCGCCUGCCCAGGCCUCCCCAUGGCUUUGCUCCUUCUCCCCAGAGCCCGUCCGGGACCAUGUGCCGGCCCCGCAGCCCCGGGCCCCGCCCUCCCGGCCUCCGCCCGGCCAGCUCCCGCCGAGGACCACCCGCAGCCUCUGCAAGUUGGAGGACCAGGUCCUCUGCCCCAUCUGCCUGGAGGUGUUCCGCAGCCCGGCCACCACGGCCUGCGGCCACAACUUCUGCAUGGCCUGCCUCCAGGGCUUCUGGGACCACCAGGCGGCCGUGGGCGAGACGCUGUACUGCCCGCAGUGCCGGGAGAGCUUCGCCUCGCGGCCGCGCCUCUGCAAGAACGUGACCCUGGAGGACAUGGUGGCCUGCCUCACGCAGGCCGGGCCCCGCGACGUGCUCUGCGACUUCUGCGGCCCCCAGAAGCGCAGGGCCGCCAAGUCCUGCCUGCAGUGCAUGGCCUCCCUGUGCGAGGAGCACCUGCGCAGCCACGCGGAGGACCCGGCCUCCCGGGACCACCGGCUGCUGGAGCCGCGGUGGGACUUCCGCAGCCGCCUGUGCCGCAAGCACGGCGAGCUGCGCGGCCUGUACUGCCGCAGGGAGGGCUGCUGCGUGUGCGGCGCCUGCCUGCGGGAGGAGCACCGCGGCCACGACGCCAUCCCCCUGCAGGAGGAGCGCGCCCGCCGCGAGGUGGAGUUGCGGCAGGUCCAGGCCAACGUGGAGAACCAGAUGCUGAUGAUCACCUCCGACAGCCAGAAGCACCGCGAGCAGGUGGCCUUUCUCCUGAAACUGAUCCAGACGAUGCGCGAUGAGGUGCACUCCUGCUUCUCCGGGAUCAUCCGGGAGGUCAGACAGCUGCAGGGGAAGGUCCUGGAUUUUCUGGACAAAGAGGAGGCCGCCGCCCUGGAGAAGCUGGGCAGCUCCAUCCAGCAGAGCCACAGCUGGCUCCUGAAGCUGGAGGCGGACAGCAGCUGGCUGCGCACCGUGCUCACCAACUCGAGUGACCAGCAGUUUCUGCAGGAGUUUCCCAGGCUCAAGCUCUUCCAGGACCGCACGGAGCCCCUGAUGGGCACCAGGUGGGAGGAGAAGCAGAGCUUCCUGAAGCUGCCCCAGACGCUGGCGGAGCUCCGGAGCCGCAUGGUGGGCCUGGGGCUCAGCCUCGUCAACCAGCUCCUCCUGCAGGGCAUCAAAAUGAACUCCUACGAGGUGCUGCCCGCCCCCACGGACAGGAAGACGCUCCUCAAGUAUUACUGCAACCUGAAGUUCGACUCGGCCUCGGCCAGCGAGGAGCUCUUCCUGUUCAAGGAGACGCACUCGGCGCUGAACCUGGGCGUGCUGCUGGAGCCCUUCCCAGCCGGCGGCCCGCUGCGCGGCUUCAAGCAGUGGCCGCAGGUGCUGUGCUCGCGCGGCCUGGCCGAGGGCCGCCACUACUGGGAGGCCGAGGUGUCCAACUCGUGGGUGAGCCUGGGCGUCACCUACCGCCGCAGCCCCUCGCCCGGCGGCCCCCGCGGCAGCAUCGUCUGCCUGCUGGGCCGCAACCCCGACUCCUGGUGCCUGGAGUGGGACUCGCUGCGCUUCUCCGUGUGGCACAACAACACGCAGACCGUGCUGCAGGGCGCCUACCACCGCACGCUCGGCGUGGCCCUGGACUGCGGCGCCGGCUGCCUGUCCUUCUACGGCGUGGCCGGCGGCGUGAGCCUGCUCUACCGCUUCCUGGCCUCCUUCCUGGAGCCGCUCUACCCCGCCUUCAUGGUCAGCAGCGGCGCCCUGAUCACGCUCAAGCAGAUGUAGGGGGUUGGGGAGGCAAAUAAAGCUGGACUCCAGCGCUGGCCGGCCCGCGGGGUCCCCUGGCCAGGGGGGC